UAGUAUCCAAAUAUGCUGAUUAUACUAAAAUAUCUAGAUAGCACAUACUAGUAUUCAAAACAUCACAAACUAGUAUCCAGAUAACAUAUACCAACUAAUAUCCACAAUCAACCAACUAGUAUUCAAUAUGGAUACUCUUAUGUGUUAUCUGAAUACUAAUUAUUUGUUGUAUGAAUACUAUUCUGUGUUGUCUAGAUAUUAGUUUGUGAAUUUGAGAUAAUAGUUGAUUCAUGGUGGAUAUAAGUUAGCAAACAUUGAAUACUAGUAUGUGUUUUCUAGAUACUUUAGUAAUUGGAUACUAGUUCAUAUAUUUUGGAUAUCAGUUAGUAUCUGCUAACAAAUCUUCAAGUUAGCAGAUUAACUUUCCUGAUUUUCGAUGGAUCGUGAUACCGGUUUGUAAUUAUAGCCAGCCACGGCCCACGGGCCUUUUGCCAGCGAAAGCCCACCGGCGAGGAAGUGACUGAAAUGAUUUCCCGUUUUAAUUUAAUUAAAUAAAAUUUCACCGUUUAUUAUAUUUCCACUCCCUAAACAUUCGCCAAUCGUCGCCAGUCAGUCGUCCCUGUCGCCGUCGCUCCUCGGUCGGAUAUCUCAUAGCGCGCGCCCGCCCGCCCGCCCGCCUUUUAUUUGUUUUCGUCUCUUCUGUUUCAAUCCUUUUCCAGUCUCCUUCUUCUUCAAUUCUCCCUUUCGCCUUCCAAUCUUGACCGUUUCAGAAAAAAAAAACCCAACUCGCAGACCAGAUGGCGAGAUAACGAAUCGUCCCCGCCACAACAACACUGAUCGCCGGUUCUCUCAGGUAUGGAUCGCCGGCUCUCUCUCUCUCUCAGCUUUUUUUUGAGAGACCCACUUGGCAAUUACCACUUCUGGUUUCUGGGUUUCCAUUAGUUUUUACAGAGACGACCCAUCAUCAAUACGAUUCCUGAAUUAGGUGUUUACUUUUCCACCCAACCAUCUGCGUCAUCAUAAUGAAAUUGGAAACCCACUUGAAUUAGGAUUCUAGGUUUCCACUUGAAUUAGUAGAUGUAGAUCUUGCGGAGCUGUGGCGAUCAUCCCAAGAAGAAGAAGAGUUUAAGCUCUCGCUUUGAUCUGAUCAUCUUCUUGGGUUGAUUACAGGAGUAGAUUCGAGUAGCUGCUUUCUUCUUCAGAAUCAAGUCCCAAGAUGUGGUUACUGAGCAGCCGUAGCUCAACAAAGAAUGGUAUCUAAAGGGGACUUGAUUGCUAUUGGAGUGUCUGUAGGUUUGGGGCUUGGUGUAGUUAUAGCAGUGCUUCUGUUCGUCCUCGUGAGGUGGCAGAAGAAGCGGGCUGACCUUCGUGGCCGAAGUUUAGCCAACGAGCAGCGGAGUCCGACUUCGUCUGCGCCCAUACGAAUCAAUGGCGUGGACGCGUCGACUGAUUUCAGCGCCUCGAUAACGAUACGCGAGCCCCAGCUUGCUCACAAGGUUCCUAGCCCUCAUUCGUCUUGGUGGGGUCGGCCCAGCAAAGACCAUUUCGUAUCGGCUUCUGGGGUGCUUCGAUACUCUUACAAGGAUAUCCAGAAAGCGACGCAGAAUUUCACGACGACAGUGGGGCAGGGUUCGUUCGGGGUGGUGUAUAAGGCGGUCCUGAAUUCUGGAGACACUUAUGCUGUGAAAGUGCUUGCCUCGGAUUCCAGGCAGGGGGAGAAGGAGUUCCAGACAGAGGUUUGUCUUCUUGGGAGGCUGCAUCACCGAAAUCUAGUGAAUCUGAUUGGAUACUGUGUAGAUAGGGGGCAACGAAUGCUGAUCUAUGAGUUCAUGAGUAAUGGCAGCCUGGCAAACCUUCUAUACAAUAAUGAUGCAAUCAUUCUGAGCUGGGAAGACAGGGUCCAAAUCGCGCUGGAUAUUUCACAUGGCAUUGAGUAUCUUCAUGAAGGGGCGGUCCCAGCUGUCAUACACCGCGAUUUGAAGUCUGCUAACAUAUUGUUGGACCUAUCAAUGAGAGCUAAGGUGGCUGAUUUCGGUCUGUCCAAGGAAGAUGCAUUUGACGAACGUAACUCCGGUCUCAAGGGAACUUAUGGCUACAUUGACCCGGUGUACAUAGCAACAAACCGGUUCACUACGAAGAGCGACAUCUACAGUUUUGGCGUUAUCAUCUUUGAACUUAUUACCGGCAUCCAUCCCCAUCAGAACCUUAUGGAAUACAUCAAUCUUGCUGGAAUGAGUUCAGAUGGGGUCGAUGAAAUAAUCGACGAGAAACUGGUGGGUAAAUGCGAGAUUCAAGAAGUGAGGGAGCUAGCAAAAAUUGGUCACAGAUGCUUGCAUAAAUUUCAAAGAAAGCGGCCAACAAUAGGUGAAGUUUCACAGGGUAUAUUGAAGAUAGGACAGCGUCGCCAUGUCAGGCAAGAUACCAUGUCCACACAAGCAAGUUUCUCCAGAGUUCUAAGCAGGAUACAGAGUCAACAUAUAGAAUUGAGUAGAAUAGCCAGCAUGAAAGAGGGUGAUCCAUAAUCUUAACUUUUUCCUAGGGGUUUUUUUGUUUUUUUUUUUUUUUUUUUGUGUGGCUCUCUCCUUUUCUUCUUCCACUUCUUUUCUGGCUUGCCCAAUUUUUUGUGCUAUUUCAAGGUCUCACUUAUUUAGUUCCUAACUGAGACCAGAUAAAGUAUAUACUAUACCCUCAACUCCAUUUUUGCUAACUGAUUCCUUUCUUUCAGCCCUACAAUUUGUUGGUUGCUGGAAUAGAUCACAUCCAACAAAUUGGUUCAUAUGAA